GGGAGUUAAGGAGUCUUAAAAGGUAGAGGGUACAAGUUUACCCCCCUACUUCUUAGCGCCUUACACAAUAUUGCUUUUACUACCUAUCAAGUAUAAAAUACCUGCAGUCCGUCAAGGGGUGGCCCGCAGAGUGGUACCCUAACUUAUUCUCUCUCAAGGUCUCGAAGAGGCAAACCCAGCAAUGCCAAAGCACACCCUGUAUCUGGUCACCCACGAACGGGGCCAGCACCCGAUAACUGGCAAAACCAAACCAUACCACUGGUCUUACUUCAUCCAAAUCAAGCUCGAAGACGGAGCGAACGAGGGCAUUGCGCACCAACUCCACGGAAUGCCAGGUUCCUUCUACUACAAGGGUCCCGAAAAUGUAGAUCUCUCAAAGUCCGGAGACCUCAAGGAAGAGCUUGAGGUCGGGGAGGUGGACGGAUCAUUGUUGGACAGCGUUCAUGAGGUCCUGGAGAAUGUGAGAAUCGAUUCUGUUGAGUCUUCUGGGUGGAACUGCCAGGAUUGGGCCCUCGAUGGGUUCACGAAGUUGAAGGAGAAAGGAUUUGUGUACGAUCAUCUCACUCCGGAGGCGGUGAAAAAUUGGUUGAAGGAGACGUGAUGAGAGAGGGACCGGUGACGUUGGCGCUGCUCA